AUGUCUCCCGAGGUCUGUAUCCCUUCUGUAUCCCACUCGACGUGCGGCAAAAAAAAGCGGGCCCCACCAUCGCAUCCCGCAAUUCUUUUUUUGAGAACCCGACACUAUCAGAUCACUUCCGAGAACCUGGUGUCAAGACGCCUGUACUUAACGAGGACCCAGGAAUUCCUUUUAUCACCCGUCAUCAUGGCAGUCGCCGAAUCUGUUGAUCCAACAUUGGAGGCUCACACCGAGCUAGUCAAUUGGUUUAUUCAACAAGGUGGCACAGUCGAUAAAGCCGUGUACAUCACUCAAGAUGCCUUGCGAGGCGUGCACAUGCAAGUCAAAUCAGAUUUGCCAGACUCCAUCCCCAGAGAAACGCGGGUCAUCAACACCCCAAUCAGCGUGUCUAUGUCUUGGUAUAACGCCGUUGGAUAUGAGUGCCCCAAAGGCUCCUUUUCUAAACACGGCGUGGAUUUCCCACGUCAAUGGAUAGAUGAGAUUGGACCCGAAGAGACUUUCGCUUUCUUCCUCAUGGGUCAGUACCUGCGUGGAUCGGAGAGUUUCUGGUAUCCGUACCUGCGCACGUUGCCUCAGCCGGGUCAAUUGACUACACCUCUCUUCUUUGGGGAAGAGGAUGUGGAUUGGAUCCAGGGGACCGGUAUUCCCGAGGCAGCUGUGGAGAGAAUCAGGGUCUGGGACCAGAAGUAUGAUGAUGCAGUUACCAAGCUGGAGGCAUUUGGCUUCCUUGAUUGCGGAGAGUUUACAUGGGAGCUGUAUAUGUGGGCCUCGACCAUCAUUACGUCGAGAGCAUUCUCGCCCAAGGUUCUCUCUGGUGCUGUGGAAGCUGCUGAUCUGUGGGAAGACCGUGUUUCAGCUCUGCUGCCUCUCAUAGAUCUGCCGAAUCACCGUCCAAUGGCGAAGGUUGAGUGGCGAGCUGGCGAGAAAGAUAUUGGUCUUCUUGUGCUUGAAGAUCUUGCCCCGGGCCAUGAAAUCUCUAAUAACUACGGCCCUCGCAAUAAUGAGCAAUUGCUCGUCAACUAUGGAUUCUGCCUUACCAACAACCCGACUGACUACCGCAUCGUCCAUUUGGGCGUAAAGCCGGACAGCCCGCUUGGACAAGCCAAGGCACGUCAGUUGGAGCUGUUCCCCGAAGUGGCCAAGAACAAGGAAGACCACUAUUACAUUUUCAAUCCGUUCUAUCCUCUAUUAGGACCCGACACCUCCAUGGAACACUCAAUCUUUUCACCCGCAUUGUUCAACGCAUUGACAGUGAUGGAGUCCAAUGCCCGUGAACGUGACAUGCUUGAGAUCACCGACGCAGGCAUUCAGAUCACACCUGCAUAUGGCAAUGGUCAUAGCAUAUAUGCCGCGCUAGCACAGAUCAGCUUUGAGAUGAUUGCCCACGCUUAUAAUCUCAAAGCCAGUGCACAGGGUCUAGCACUGCAACCAACAACUCUGAACCAAACCCACGCACAAAUAUACCGCAAAGGACAAAUCUCAUUAGAUUAUGCAGCCUUGAUCGUGGCAACUUGGACCAUCACUCGUGGCCGUGAACAUAAGCGCGGUGAAAGCUGGGAAGAUACCAAGGCCCUUCUGUCUGAGCUUAUGGCACGAGUACCCGCCGGUCUGCUCUCUGACGAAGUCCUAUCCAGAAGUCGUGUGCGCAUUCUAGAGCGUCCAUCCAUUGUGGCUAAGAAUGGCGAGCUAUUCAGAUUGGGAGAGUUGUUCAGCCUGCUACCGGCCGAGAUGCAAGGCCCUGCUGGAACGUGCUUCCAGCAUGUUCUGGGUGUGGCUAGCCAGGAGAUUCCACCAGUUGCCAGUGAUCCGCAGACUCUGUUCUCGAUAGUGAUCUGCUUGCUGGUUGCAACCUUUAACUCGCCCCAGGCACGCUCUCAGCUCCCAUCACGUCUUGCCAAAUGGGUGUCUUUCCUGCUUGAAAAAUACUCAAUUGCUGCCGUGGGCUCGGAAGAAGCUAAUCAGCCACUCCGUAUGCUGCAGCAAUAUUCCGAGGCCGCGCAGCUGGGAGCAUUGGCUGCUGGUGACGGUGUUGAUUGGCUUUCUGAAAGUAGUGGAUGGCUGGAGUCCAACUGGCUUCAAUGGGCCUGGACAGUGGCAGGUGCAGAGAUGGUGAUGAUUCCCCUCCAGUCCUUGGAGGUUCUGAACAUGGAGGGAGAGCCAUCUAUGCUGAAGCAGGCUUGCCUUUAUGUGCCACAGGAGUAG